AUGCACUCCCAUUUGUGUUUAUGUGGGACGGGCGCAGGAAUUGUACGUCACACGCUAUUACCCAUAAGGACCGUUUUCGCUUCAACUACACCAGACAAUAUGGCAGGAAUAGGAGCUUUCAUGAAAAAUGCUUGGAAUAAGGAGCCUGUUAUUUUGGUUUCUUGUGGAAUCGGGCUGCUUGGAUUCGUUCUUCCAUUUAUCAGCCCUUAUACAAAAUAUUCAGCAAUGCUGAAUGCAGCUAUGCCAUACAACUACCCAGUUCCUGUGCGAGAUGAUGGAAACAUGCCAGAUGUUCCUGUCCAUCCAUGUGAUCCAAAAGGAAACAACUUGGAAUGGCUUAAAAAGCUAUAACCUGCCUGUAUUACUCCUCUUGUUCAUGUCUGUCUGCAUAGUUGCCCCAGCUGUCAUUGUCUCACAGUAAAGAUUCUAUUUAAUUCUA